AUGGAGGGGGGGCCGCAGGAGGAGCCCCCCCGGCAACCGCACCCCCCAGCCGGGCAGGAGGCACCCCGCUUGGAGCACCUCCUCCUGCACCCCCUCACCAGGCAGGGGGGCAGGGAGCCGCACCUCCUGCUCCUCCCCCCCAGGCCGGGGCCCCUCCCUCAGCUCCUGUCCCCCCUCCCCGGGCAGGGCGCCCCCUGCAAGGAGCUGCACACCCUGAAUGGGCAAAGUUCCCCCAGCAAGCAGCUGCUGCCCCCCACGGCUGCGCUGGGACCUGGGGAGCAGCAGGAGGGGAGGGAGCCCCCCCGGGCGCUGCAGGGAAAAGCAGCGGAGCAGGAGCAAGAGGGCCAGCUGGGGUGCGGCGGCUGCAGCAAGAGAAAGAGGGGCGAGCUCAAGGCCGCCGCAGCCCGACGGGCAGGGAAAGAGGGGACCCAGCUCGCGGCCAGCGGCACCGUCAGGAGAGGAGGGGAUCAAAAAGGGGGGAACGCAGAGGAGAGCCAGAAAGAGGUGAUGGUGAAAGAGACUGGGGGGGACAGCGUGGCCUCGGGGACUGGGAAAGAAGGAGCAAUCAAGGCAGAGCAGGCAGAGGCAGCCGGUGAGGACUGCAAGGGGAGGGAAGAAGCUGUGUCGUCCAAGCCAGCUGGAUUCUUCAGCGGCCCGACUCAUGCCAGCAAAGAUGCCCCCGCGGCUCAGCCGGCUGGUGGGUUUGGAACACAGCAUCCUCAAGACCUGAAGAUCCCAUUGACACUCCAUCCAGUACCCUCUGGGACCAGGAUCCAGUUUCAGGGACCUCCACCUUCUGAGCUGAUCCGAGUGACUAAAGUGCCCCUGGCCCAAGUGCCCCUUAAAAUGCAAUCCUUACUGGAGCCUUCAGUCAAAAUUGAAACUAAGGAUGUGCCCCUCACAGUGCUGCCCUCUGAUGCAGGGAUACCAGAUACCCCAUUUAGCAAAGACAGAAAUGGCCAUGUAAAACGUCCAAUGAAUGCAUUUAUGGUGUGGGCAAGAAUUCACCGGCCGGCACUAGCCAAAGCUAACCCAGCUGCCAAUAAUGCAGAAAUCAGUGUCCAGCUUGGAUUAGAGUGGAACAAACUCACUGAAGAGCAAAAGAAGCCCUAUUAUGAUGAAGCUCAAAAGAUUAAAGAAAAGCACAGAGAGGAAUUUCCUGGCUGGGUUUACCAACCACGACCCGGCAAAAGAAAGCGCUUCCCAUUGACUGUCUCCACUGUAUUUUCCGGCACCUCUCAGAACAUCAUCACUACAAACCCAACCACAAUUUAUCCUUUCCGAUCACCCACUUACUCCGUUGUCAUUCCCAAUGUACAGAACAGUAUUGGACAUCCUGUCUGUGAAGCCCCUUCUACUAUCCAGCUGCCAGCUCCUUCCAUUCAACAUCCAGGUCCAAUUACACUUUUCCAGCCGAGUGUUGGAAGCACCACACCAGUGGCUGUCCCAGCUCCAAAUCUGCCCCUUCACCCUGUAAUUCCACCACAACGCUUUGCUGGACCUGAACAGACAGAAGCUCAUCAUCUACCUUCCGGAUCAAGUUGUUCCGUAAAGAGACCUAUCCCAGUUUGCAUUGAGAGCUCCAGCAGGAACCCAAGUAAUGCCAGCACCACUCACUCCAGAUUUCCUGUCUCUAAUAGUCAACCCCCUAAGGAGUACUCAGGUGUUUCUACUUGUCCUAGAAGUGCACCAAUUCCCCAGGCUCCUCCCAUUCCUCACUCACAUCUCUAUCAACCUCCUCCCAUUGGUCAUCCAGCCACUCUCUUUGGAGCUCCUCCUCGAUUUUCGUUUCAUCACCCUUACUUCUUACCUGGACCCCACUACUUCCCGUCAAGCACGUGCCCGUACAGCCGCCCUCCAUUUGGCUAUGGGAAUUUCCCCAGCUCAAUGCCCGAAUGUCUUGGCUUUUACGAAGACCAGUACCAAAAGCACGAGGCUAUGUUUUCUGCUCUGAAUAGAGACUAUCCUUUCAGGGAGUACCCAGAUGAGCGCACACAGAGUGAAGAUUCCCGCAGCUGUGAGAGCCUAGAGGGAGUGUCUUAUUACAACAGCCACAGCCAUAGCGAGGAGGAAUAUUUAACCCCCAUGCCACAGCUGGAUAUUGGAGCCUUGGAGAACGUUUUCACCACAACCCCGUCCACACCCUCCAGCAUCCAGCAAGUCAAUGUGACUGACAGCGAUGAGGAGGAGGAGGGGAAAGUGUUAAGAGAUUUGUAA